AUGAAGGCAUUUACUAUCGCCAUCCCUAUUGCUACGGCUGCGUCCUUGGUCUCGGCACACUACACGUUCCCGGACUUGAUAAUCUCUGGCUCUGUCUCAAGCGACUGGGAAUAUGUUCGUGAAACGGCGAACCAUUACAGCCAAGGCCCGGUGACCGACGUCACUAGUGAAGCCCUUCGCUGCUACGAGCUCGAUGACACAGUUGCAGACAACACGCAGACCGCGACCGUCUCUGCGGGAUCGACCGUUGGUUUCCAAGCGGACCAGGCGAUAUACCACCCCGGCUAUUUCUCCGUUUACAUGAGCCCUGCAUCGCCAUCUGCCAACUCCACCGCUGCUGGCACCGGAGCUACCUGGUUUAAGAUUUGGGAAGAUGCGCCGGUCUACGAAUCAGGAACGGGGCUCGUUUUCCCCUCCCAGACUGAGAUUUCCUUCACUUUUACAAUUCCGAAGAGCCUCCCCAGCGGCCAAUAUCUCAUUCGCGGCGAACAAAUCGCAUUGCAUUCCGCAAGCAGCUUUGGAGGCGCUCAGUUCUAUAUCGGCUGCGCCCAAGUCAACGUCGUCAAUGGCGGCAACGGCACGCCGAGCCCAACGGUCUCCAUUCCCGGUGUUUACACGGGCAACGAGCCUGGUAUCCUCAUUAAUAUUUAUAAUCUUCCCUCCGACUACACUUAUGUUUCGCCUGGACCGGCUGUAUGGAACCAGUGA